CUGAAAAUUAUUCUGUUCGAGAUAAUGUAUUAAUGUUAAAACAGCAAAAUGAUCACCUUAAACGAGGUUUUUGUGAAAUAUGCUAUCCUGUUUUUCCUGUGGUCGGAGUACUUGUGGGAACUGUACUUAUCAAUAAGACAGCACAAGAAAGGCCAUGCGACUACGGAGGUCCCCCCAGAACUGCGAAACACAAUGACCAAGGAGACCUUCAGCAAGGCCAGGCUAUACAUGUUGGCAAAAAGCAAGUUCGGUAUGGUUAAAGACACUUUUUCUGUGAUUGAAUCAACCGUAAUCAUCUAUUUCGGUAUUUUACCGAAAAUCUGGGAUUAUGCCCAGUCCUUGAACCCUUACGGUGGCGAAGUCCUAACUAGUUGUCUUUGGUUGUUCAUCCUCACCACAAUUUUAACAAUAGUCGACUUGCCUUUAACAAUUUACAACACCUUCGUUCUUGAGGAAAACUUCGGUUUUAAUAAGCAAACCAGCGGAUUUUUCAUUUGGGACAAAAUCAAGGCUUACAUCCUCAGUCAAGUGUUCACAAUGAUGAUUUCUUCCGUCAUUGUGGUCACUAUUCAAAGCGGUGGCGCGUAUUUCUUUGUCUGGCUUUGGAUCGUUGUUUGCCUGAUUUGCUUCAUCAUGUACGCAAUUUACCCCUCAUUUAUUGCUCCACUGUUCGACAAAUACACACCCCUUCCCGAGGGCGAAUUGAGGACACAGAUUGAAAGUUUAGCCUCACAGUUAAAAUUCCCUCUAACCCAACUGUACGUAGUUGAAGGCUCAAAACGUUCGAGCCACAGUAAUGCGUACUUUUACGGACUUUUCAAUUCAAAACGUAUCGUAUUGUUUGAUACCCUUCUGGCGAAAGACGAUGGAACAGGUUGUAAAAACGAUGAAAUUCUAGCCGUCCUGUCGCAUGAAUUGGGCCACUGGCAUUAUAAUCACAUUGUGAAGAAUUUCCUAGCGUUGCAGAUCAAUUUGUUUUUAUUGUUUGCCGGCUUUUCGUACCUAUUUAAAUACCCAGCCAUUUAUAAGGCGAUCGGUUUUUAUAAAAGCCAGCCAGUUUUAGUGGGGCUGUACAUUGUUGUACAGUACGUUAUGUUGCCUUACAAUGCCUGUUUGAGUUUCCUCCUCACUUGUCUUUCGCGAAGAUUCGAAUUCCAAGCCGAUUCGUUCGCGAUUAAGUUGGGCAAAGGCAGCUAUCUCAUUAACGCGCUAGUUCAGCUAAAUAAGGAUAAUUUAGGGUUCCCAAUUUACGAUUAUCUUUACUCGUCAUGGCACCACUCGCACCCUCCGCUACUUGAGAGAAUAGACGUUAUUAAAACCGCACUGCAGAAGAAGGACUAACUGAUUGUAACCAAAGUGUAGCCAGUUGUUUUAUAAAAUAAACACAGCUUAAAAACAAA